CCAAUUUUUGUAGUAACAUCAUUAAGGAACUAUGUCAAAUAACCGGAAUUUCAAAAUCAAGAACCACUCCUUACCAUCCCAUGGGAAAUGGAAUUACAGAAAGAUUUAACCGUACUUUAAUUUCAAUGCUAGGAACUUUAGAUCCAGAACAGAAACAUAAUUGGAAGAAAUACAUUUAUCCAUUGGUACAUGCCUACAAUUCAACUAUUCAUGAUUCAACAGGUUAUUCUCCCUACUUUUUGAUGUUUGGAAGAGACCCAAUUCUGCCCAUAGAUUUAGUUUUUGGUUUAAACAGAAAUAGGGUUAAGAACUCAACAACUUCAGCAUAUAUAGAGAACCUGAAAGAUAGACUCCAGAGUGCAUAUCAGAAAGCACAGACAGCGAUAAAGAAUUCCCAGGAAAAACAGAAGUCCAACUAUGACUCUAAGAUCAGAGGAGUUUCUUUAAAGGAAGGUGAUAGGGUUCUCGUUCGUGUUGUCAAGUUUGAUGGAAGACAUAAGAUUCAAGACAGAUGGGAAGAUCAUCCGUAUUAUAUCAUCAGUCAGCCUAACAGAGACAUCCCAGUUUUCAAAGUCAAGAGGGAGGAUGAUCAAGGGAAAGAAAGAGUUCUUCAUAGGAAUCUCUUGCUCCCUAUUGGAUCAAAGUUGACUUCUCCUGUUCCAGCACCUAGGAUUAGGAAAAAGAAAACUGAGGAAACUGAGAUUGAGGAAUUAUCCAUCCAUCAUCAGGUAGAUUCUGAUGAUGACAGUAUUUAUCUGACAGGGGAAUUAUACCCUGUACAGAACGAAGAUACGUCUGAGGAUGGAAGCAUUCCCACUUUAACUGGUGACGAUCAGGAAAGUGCGGAGUGCCUGGAGGAAGGAUCAAGGGAGGACGCUCCUAAUCAGAACACAGAGGCAUCUGAUGAUCCUGAUACCAGCAGUAGCAGUAGCAGUAGCAAUAGUAGUAUUUCAGGAGUUCUUGAUGAUACUCAGGAUGAAAUGCACGAAGAUGAUGAUGCUGAUGAUGAUGAUCAGAAUAUCCCAAGAAGGUCAACAAGAGUUAGACAAAAGCCAAAAUGGAUGGAAAACUUUGUGUGCAGUCAGUUGGCAUACCAACCAUCCAAAUGGAAAGAGAAAGUGUUAUGCUUUAAGGAAAUGGCAUCUGAAUUGAAAGAAAUGGACAAAGAAAUGUCAAAAGAGUUUUUAAAAAUGUUUAUCAAGAAAUUUUGAUUGUAUUGUUUUCAGAUUUAUAUAUGUGAUUUUAUUUUUUUUUUGCAGACUCAGAAUUGGUAAGUCUCCUUUAAAUGACGUGGAAGUCAUUUUAAAAGGAGGGGGAGUUUGUAGGAGUUACAGAUUUAUUAAUUAUGAAAUUAAUAAAUCUAUAAAUAAAAGUAAUUAAUUUAUUGAUAAUUAAAUUAAUAUAAUUAUGUUUUAAUUAUUGUACAAAUAAACUUAAAACUUAAUACUAAAGUAUAUAAUAAAAUCUUUAAUAAACUUAAAAUUCUGGUCAUGGUCAAUUGAAUAGAACAGGCAGCUAUCUUGACCAUGGUAUAAAUUGCCUUAGGGUUGUAAUUAAGGUUCUGGCCAAAUAUAUAAUGUAUCUAGGUAUUCAAUUGGUUUUUAGUUUUGUCUUCUUUGAUUUUAUUGGUUGUUGAUAUUUCCCUCCAAAUUCUUGGAGCUGGUUUGUCAUAUUUCUUUGUCACAUCAAAGAGAGUGGAGGUGUUUUCGUAAUAUGAAAGAUGACUUUUGAAACGUAACAAACUCUACCUCUUGGUAAGUUAACAUUACUAAUUCUAAUAAUUUUGAUUAAUAGUUAUACAUUUCAUUAACAGUGAAUUCUAUAAUUUUGCCAAAUUAAAACAAAAGCUCAUGCACAAUAAGAGUGAAUGAUUUUGUGAGAUAUCAACUUUUUAAUAGAUAAGAAUAACAUGAAUAUGUUCACUGUUUUUAUCCCUUUAUAUUGUGAACAUAAGUACAAGUUUAUUGAUGUAAACUUUACAAUAAUUUGUAGUUGCCAUACCAGAUAGUACACUGUACAUACCAUUGAGUUGUAAUACUGUACAAGAGCGCAUUCCCAUAGAAUGGGCUAUUCAUUUGUUUACCAUCUAUCUUAAUAAAUAUUGGAGAUGCCCAGAACCCGAACAGGCGUUGUUUGAUUAUUUCAACAUU